AUGUCUCUUCCCCCGAAUGUCCAUAUCUCAUCCCACCCGUGCCUACAAGCCAAGAUAUCCCAGCUACGGUCCCAUAAAACCUCCACCCGCGAAACCAGGAGCCUUGUCCAUGAGAUCACAACUAUCCUAGGUGUGGAGGCCUUCUCAACAGUAUUGAAAACUAAAAAGCGGGGAACGGAUCAAACCCCGUUAGGUAUCGAAUAUGAUACCCAAGAUAUUGAGCCCGCCAAUGUCGCCAUGGUACCCAUUCUUCGAUCCGGACUGGGCAUGACUGAGGCAAUCAACAGCCUGCUCCCGGCCCCGGUUCCCAUCUACCAUUUAGGUCUCUUCCGCGAGAAGUUCACCCUUCAACCCGUCGAAUAUUACAAUAAUCUCCCCUACCAACGCCAGGAUGGCUCUGACUCCAACACCGCCGCUGCUGACACAGCUAUCCUUCUUGACCCCAUCGUCGCCACAGGCGCUACGGCCGAAGCGGCAAUUCACCUUCUGCGUGAGUGGGGCGUGAAGCGAGUGGUGAUGCUGAGUGUACUGGGCUCCGAGACGGGCAUUCGUCGAGCUGUAGACUCUUGGCCUGGGGGAGUAGAGUUCUGGACAGGGGCGGUGGACGAAAAAUGCAAUGAACGAGGCAUGAUAGUUCCUGGCUUAGGUGACAUCGGCGAUAGGUUGUUCGUUGCCAUUGGGAAGUAG